AUGGGGAAGCCUCGCAUGAUAAUAUUGAUCAGACACGCCCAGUCAGAGGGCAACAAAAACCGCGAUAUCCACCAGACAAUACCAGACCACAGAGUAAAACUCACCCCCGAAGGCAAGAUCCAGGCCGCCGAGGCAGGUCGACGUCUGCGCUCUCUCCUGCGCGCAGAUGACACCCUUCACUUCUUCACGUCCCCGUACCGCCGAACCAGAGAAACCACAGAAGGUAUUCUUAACACCUUAACCUCGGAUGAACCUUCCCCUUCGCCGUUUCCCCGCCACUCGAUCAAAGUGUAUGAGGAGCCGAGACUACGAGAGCAGGAUUUUGGAAACUUCCAGCCAUGUUCGAAUGAAAUGGAACGCAUGUGGCAGGAGAGGGCGGAUUAUGGGCAUUUCUUCUAUAGGAUUCCUAAUGGGGAGUCUGCGGCGGAUGCGUAUGAUCGAGUUAGUGGCUUUAAUGAGAGUCUAUGGAGGCAAUUUGGGGAAGAUGACUGUGCUAGUGUUUGUGUUUUAGUCACCCACGGCCUCAUGUCUCGCGUCUUCCUUAUGAAAUGGUACCACUUCAGCGUCGAAUAUUUCGAAGACCUGCGGAACGUAAACCAUUGCGAAUUCCUCAUCAUGCGCAAGAGAGAGGACUCAGGGAAAUACAUAUUAGAAAACAACCUCCGUACAUGGUCCGAACUAAAGCGCGAGCGUCUCGCUGCCACAACAGCAAAAGAGAAAGCCGCCCCCAGCCCGCUGCUAUCCGAAAAAGAUAAAGAGAAGGAAAAGAAGCUACUUGAGUCCUCCAACCCCGCUUCCGCAGUCCCAGUCCGCAAGAAGUGGGGCGGCUGUCCAAACGGCUGUGAUCACAGCAAACAUUCUUUCCGCAAAGAGAACUCCAUGCACGCCAUGCAACAGAAUGGCAAAACAUCAACAACAACUUCGCCCAUCACCGCAUCUACCGAAUCUCUCGCAUUUCGCAGGCCCGCGACCAGGAGAUGGCAAUCGUCCAGUGAUGAAGAUGAAGACGACCCACGGGGCCGCAUUGGACCACCUCCCAAAGUUGACGUACAGAAAAGCCUGGACGAGAUAGUUUCGAGCCCUGACGGCACACCAUCCUUCAUCUCCGUAGAAGACCGACUCCGGAACCACGCAAAGAGCCCCAAGCACGACCACUUACUGCACGUCAAGAACGCGGGCCGGGAUUUCGGAGGCAGCGCGAGCGGGAACACGAGCCAAGCGGGCAGCGAUACGGAGUUUAGCGCUGAAGAAGAUGCAAGGAAGCGGUUGGCGAAGAAGAAGAGCAGUUCUGGUGUUGGGCACACGGGGAUGGGGGUGGGGGUGGGGAAUUCCAGUUUCAACGAGGGGUUGAAGAGGGAGGCUAGUGGGAUGGGGAGAGGUGCGCUGGCGGAUGCGUUGGGCGAUCAGAGUGAUAUCGGGAGUGAUGCUGGGGAUGAGGGGGAACUGGGGGAUUUGAUUGCGGCGGAGGAGAAGGAUAAGAGUGCGUUUGAAUGCAUUAGCAGCAAGUAUAGCAUGGCAUAG